AUGCUCGUCGCACCUAACGCAAGUGAGCCUUUUGUUGUUGUUAUUAUUCCAAUUUCUGGGAAUGGGGACUCAAAAGUCCAUAGUCAGGCUAAAAUUUCUUUACACUUCUUGCUUGCUUGUUCUCUUCCCCUCUUUGCAGCCCGUGCUAAAAAGCCUCUCGAAAUGUGUUGCGGCAUCCUUGAUGCGGUUGAGGAUUGCUUCAAGUUCGUUGUGGCGGUUGCCUGUUGCCUAGUCCUCGGUGGUCCAGCCCUUAUCAUCGCGGGCAGCGUACUCCUCAGUCAGGACGACGGGCGAAAGGCUUACAACGAGGCCGUGAAGGAGUUUGACCCUGCCCCCAUCAACGCGUGGACUGGGACGAUUAACGGUGUGCCGACGAACGUGGUACGCAAGGCGCUAAACGUCCACGGUGCGAGUGGGGCCACGUCUGUCUUUGCGGAAGCCGUCAUUCCAGUUCGCGAUCCGUCUUCAACGCUUCCAGUUUCGGUGAACGUUGCCACUGUCGCCCCUUUCACUAGAUACGCCUUCUUCAAGAUUAGGAAGAGG